CUUCUGCAUUUCCUUCCUUCUUCCUCCACACGCCGGCGCUGCGUUGAAGAGCUGUUGUUUGGCAAACCCCGUCGUGGGAACCGCAUUGGGACCUUGAGACCAGUGUAAAACUUCUCAACGGUACUAUUAUAAAGUUAAUAUUUGAAAGGAUGAGAGGUAGAAACUGUGGAGGCCAUUGAAGAAAAAGAUUUCCCUGUGUAAUCUUGUCACUCACAGCCGGCGCAGCUAUGCACCAUCUCUAAGAUCAGAUAAUAGUGAUGACGAUGACGGGAGAUCUCAUUUUGUUUGAGACUGGAUACAGUUGAAACCAAACCAUACACCGACAAGAGGGUUCAUGAUGGCUAAGCCUCCAAAACCAGCUCCUCGCAGGAUCUUCCAAGAGAGGCUAAAGAUUACUGCUCUACCCUUGUACUUUGAAGGUUUUUUAUUAGUGAAACGGUCAGAACACCAGGAAUAUAAACACUAUUGGACAGAGUUAAGAGGAACUACACUUUUCUUUUAUACAGACAAAAAAAGUACAACAUUUGUUGACAAGUUAGACAUACUAGAUCUCAUGAGUCUUACUGACCAAAAUUCAACCGAAAAGAAUUGUGCAAAAUUCACUCUGGUUUUGCCAAAAGAGGAAGUGCAACUGAAGACAGAGAAUGCAGAAAGUGGAGAAGAAUGGAGAGGCUUCAUUCUUACAGUAACAGAGCUGUCAGUUCCCCAACAUGUGUCCCUCCUUCCUGGACAAGUAAUUAGACUGCAUGAAGUACUAGAGAAAGAGAAAAAAAGGAGGAUUGAGACAGAGCAGCUUCCAAGUACAUCUCUGGAAAAAGAAAAGGAACGAGUUGAAGAUUAUGUGGAUGUACUGAACCCUAUGCCAGUAUGUUUUUAUACAGUGUCCCGGAAAGAAGCAACUCAGAUGCUUGAGAAGAAUCCUUCCAUGGGAAAUAUGAUCCUGAGACCUGGUAGUGAUAAUAGAAAUUACUCCAUCACUAUCCGGCAGGAAAUAGAUAUGCCAAGAAUCAAGCACUACAAAGUGAUAAGUGUAGGAAACAACUACACUAUUGAACUGGAAAAACCUGUUACACUCCCAAAUCUUUUCAGCGUCAUUGAUUAUUUUGUGAAGGAGACACGAGGAAAUUUACGACCAUUUAUAUAUUCAAAUGAUGAAACCCAUGUGACCAAAGGAUUUCCUGUAACGUCUCUAAAGUAAAAUAAAAAAUUGGGAGAGGGAUUGCGAACUGACUGUAAUGUACCUCCUCAUGGAUCAUAUUGUGCCAGUUCUCUAAUGCUGUUAACAGCCCACCAGAGAUGGUGGUUAAAUCAUCAAUCAUUUUGUUUGCCUAUGAUUCUCUAUAUAAGCAAUUUGGUUUGGAUUCAGUCAGUUCACCUGGUCUCAUGUGGUGUCACUUGCGUGGAUUGACUAGGGCUGGCUGGUUAAAGUAGGCCUCAUUCACACAUAGGGUGCAGAUAGUCAGCUGGGGCUGGCUAAACCAUUCACUCUCUUCUUAUGGUCUUUCACCCUUGAGGUUAGCCCAGGCUCUCUCAGAGAUCUCAGAGCAGUAAGGGUAGAAGUGUAGCUUCAUCUUCUUGGGCUGCACAUUCUUAAUAUUGAGAAUAAAUUAUGGUUUACUAGGAGCUUUUAGUAUAGGAGAAACUGUGAAGUGAAUAAAUAAUUCCAAGUGUGAUAUAUGUUCUGUAUAGAAGUUGUCUUUCUUUACAUUUUUAAAAAUUUAUAUACAAUAAAAUUCACUUUUUUUCAUAUAGUCCUGAGUUUUGAUAAUCGCCACCACAAUCGAUAAAGUUCUAGUGCCUCAAAAAAAAUGCCCCAUUUUCUUCCUUUGUAGACAACUCUUGACUCAUUCACAAUCCAUAUAGUUUCGCCUUUCUCAAAGUGCCUUAUGAAUGGAAUCACAGUGUGACACCUGUCUGAAAUGAGACUGGUUUGCUUCACUCAUCAUGUCUAAAUCCACAUACAUGUUGUGUUACUAGCUUGCUCUAUUUUACUGUUGAGUAGCAUUUCACUCUAUUGAGGUAGAAGUUUGCUUUUUCAUUGACCAAUUUUGAUCUAUUAGGAUUGUUUCCAGUUUUUGGAAAUUAUAAAUUAAGCUAUAAAAAUAUUCAGAGUUUUGUGUGAACAUAGUUUUCAUUUCAUUUGUGUAAAACAUCUAGGAAUGGAUUGCAGGAUCAUAAGUGUGUAUGUAACAAUUACUUACAUAGUAAUUGUGUAAGUAAGCUUUAUAGUAAUUGAAAUCAGGAGGUAUGAGUGUAACUUUGUUCUUUUCAAAAUUGUAUUGGCUAGUCUAAUUUGUCUUUCAGUAAGCUUUAGAAUCAAUUUAUUACUGUCUAUAGAAAAAUCCU